AUAGUGAAAAAUCCUACCUUAUGUUUCUUCUUACCUAGGAUGUCAAAGCACAAUAUUUAAAAAUGCUUCGUUUCGUUGCCAUAAUUCAAAAUUCAAUGAGAUGUAUAAGCCCACUUCAUUCAAAGCAUCGUUUUCUUCAUUUAAGCCCUAUAAAGCGUAAGAUUAGCAUACACGAUCAACAUGGCAAUUGGAGUUGGGAAAAUAUAACCACCAGGAGUACGUUUUUAAAAAGUGAGCUUCUUAAAAGUGAAGCAUCAAAGAACACAAAAAAUCUUAAUGGUGAAAGGGUUUGCUUCCUAACACCAAACGACAGCAGUUUUGUGUCGUGUUUGCUUGCUGUAUGGUCAUGUGGGGGCAUUGCUGUCCCAUUAUGUUCAAAGCAUCCACCAUCUGAGUUGGAAUAUGUGAUUAACCAUUCAAGAGCAUCUACUGUGGUUUCAGCUGUUAAAUAUACAACGAUGAUUGGACCAUUAUGUGAAAAGCUGAAAGUUGAGCAUGUUCAGCUUGAUCAUUGGGAUAAGUUGGAUGGAGAUGCAAAGCCAUGUGUAGAAAACUUUCCUUUACUUCAUGUUGAUCAAGGUCACAAUCAUUCACUUAUCAUGUACACAAGUGGAACUACUGGCCCACCUAAGGGAGUUCUGUUUAAUCAUUCAAACAUUAGAUAUCAGAUAAAGAGUCUUGUUGAUAUUUGGGAGAUGUCGUCCUCAGAUGUUUUGCUUCAUGUCCUUCCACUACACCACAUACAUGGCUUUAUCAAUGCACUGCUUUGUCCAUUAUCAAUCAAUGCUGCUGUGGUAAUGGAACCAAGUUUUGAAGCUGGAAGGGUCUGGAAACAUUUGUUGGGUGAAAGUUGUAGCAAUUUUCCCAGAGUGAAUGUUUUCAUGGCUGUACCGACAAUAUAUACGAAGCUUAUCCAAUAUUUUGAUGAGCACCAGAUGUGUGUUGAGGAAACAAAAAAGAAAUGCAAAGAUAUUCGUCUCAUGGUUUCUGGUUCUGCCUCCCUUCCCCUAUCCAUCAUGCAAAAGUGGAAAUCUAUUACUGGCCACACUUUAUUGGAGAGAUAUGGAAUGACAGAGUUUGGCAUGGGGCUUACUAAUCCAUACAAAGGAAAACGAAUACCAGGUUAUGUUGGGUUACCGUUCCCAAAUGUUGAAGCGAAAAUUGCCGCAUCUCAAGAAAAUGGAGAACCAGAUUACUCGAGGUACAACGUGCUUUACAAAGAUAACAGAGUGUUUGAAACAGAAGGAACUUCCGAUGAAUCUGGUGAACUUCUAAUAAAAUCAAAGUCCAUAUUCCAAAAAUAUUGGAAUAAUAAUAAAGCUACAAAGGAAAGCUUUGUUGACGGUUGGUUUAAGACUGGAGACAUAGCUGUUUUCGAAGAUGGUAUGUUUCGUAUCGUUGGUCGUUCAUCAGUUGAUAUUAUUAAAAGUGGGGGUUUUAAACUAAGUGCGUUGGAUGUAGAGCGAGUGCUGUUGGAGCAUGACCAUGUAGAGGAGGCAUCAGUUUUAGGGGUACCUGAUGAUACCUGGGGUCAAAAAGUUGUUGCUGUAAUUAAACUUACACAAAAUUCCACUGUCGAUGACGUCACAAUGACGUCAUGGUGUCGUGAGCACAUGGCAAGGUACAGGAUACCAAGAGAGUUCAAGUUUGUAAAGGAAAUUCCACGGAACGCAAUGGGCAAAGUUAACAAGAAAACUUUACUACAAAGUAUUGAAAGCAAAUCAUGAAAAGAAUCUCAAGUGUCGUUACCGUGUCGUUUAUUUUACAUUUGGCAAAAGUAAUUGUCUUCUUCUAAUCACAGUAUUAUUUCCGAGCCAUCUACUUCAUUCAUUCCAUAUAUAUAUGCAAUCUCGUAAUAAUAGCGUGUGCGUAAACAUAUAAUAUACAAUUGCAAUAAAUAGCAGACGAAAUAAG